CACACACACAGGGAGUUUUGUGGUGAUGUCACCAGCUAAAGGACCUCUGGGAGAGUCGCUGUGGGAAGCUCACUGUCCACCAGCUUGUGUCUGUCACAGUGGUCACCUUGAGGUUUGGACAUACAUGUGGAUUUAGCUUCAGAGAGCAGUGGUUGUGUGGAAAAGCAUUUUAUAUUUACUUGAAUAAGGGUACCUGUGCUUAACUUGAGUCUUUUCUUUUCACGUUAUUCACACUUACAUCGUACUUUUUAUUUCUCUAAAAUUAUAUGAGGACAGGCCUCAACAAAACAGCCAAUGAAAUCAACCAAAAAGUAGCAGCUGCAUGCUUUUUUCUUUUUUCCUUAUGUUGGACAGAUUUGCAAGAUAACUAGCUCGUCAUAUGCACGUUGCAACCAAUAUGCAACGAAUCGAAAUGUCUCUUUUAGCCACUAUUAUCACAAUACGUCAAGGCACAGCCAAUGUCCUGCACAGUAGAGUUCAAAUCAAAAUCCAGAAAAAGAUGAAUCGACAAAUCAGCUCCCAGCUGGUUCAGCGUGAGACAAACUAACUCACAUCAACCAGGACAUCCAAAUAGCAAAAGACAGAUAGUAAAGAGGCAAAGGGCUGCUAAGAGCUGCUAAAUGGCUUUUUUUCCUCACUUGCACUACAGGCUGAGACAGACGGUUUACCUGAGUAUUGUGCUAGUUAACUAGCUAACCAGAAGCAGAGCAACCAACAUGAGACAAAGCAAAAAGUCAUGUCCUCUAGCCACUAUUACUGCUACGCUUUGUCCAUCUUUUAUUAUGUCCCAAAAGCAGGACACAUUUAGCAAACUUGCUCAUGACAGGUUCACUGCUUAAACCAAACACAUUCAUAUCACUCAAUGAGUGACCUCAAUAUUCCACCAGAACUUCAAAAUAGUGAGGCAGAGGGACGGUUGAGAUGGAGGAAAAGAAGAAGGGAGGGAGAGGGAGGGAGAAAAAGGGAGAAAAAUCAUUUGAGUAGCUAAAUAAAAUUAGCAGCUUUAAAGAGCCUGAGGGCAAAGUGGAGUCGUGUCCCCUGUGGCUACGCUUUAGAGAAGGAGGGAAUGAAUUAAGCUUGACUGGCUCCUCUCCUCCUUCUCCACCACCUCCUACUUUCUCCCUCACAUCUUUCAUGUUUUUUACUAAUAUGAUGGGUGGUGGUGGGGGGGUGGUGAGGAGAUGACCGAGGAGUAUAUAAGCCGUUUGUGAAGGUGAGGAUGGCUAGAGCUCCUCUUUGUUGAACAAGUUUCUGAAUCUCCUUAAAGUGUCUUGCUGACUUCAAAUUUUGGAUUUUUGGAAUAACAAAAAGUGAAAACAAAAAACAAAAGGAUCUUCUUUACCUUUUCUUUUUCUUGCCACUUUUUCCCAUUUCCCACUUGCUUUUAUCCCUAUUCUUAUUAUUGUUGCUUCCUCUUCUUUCCUCCUUCUGGGUGCCGGACCUUUGGCCCCAGCUGUUGCUGCUUCUGCACCCAGGACUGCAGCAUGAACCCUGGGGCAUUCUCCAGCUCUGGCCCCCUGUCCUGGGCCAUGUACCUGGUGAGGAAAGGCCGAACAGGCAGCGGACUCUUUGACCCAGCCCCCGGCCGGCGUUACACCCCCCCCUCCACCACCCUCGCCUCGGGGGGGAAGAUGGCCGAAGCCCUGCCCCUGGGCGCCCAGGAGGCCGGAGGCGGGGCCGCACUGGUGGGAAAACUGCGCAUGGCCGACCGCGGCAUGGUGGAGGUGAUCUCCGAUCAUCCAAGUGAGCUGGUGAAGACAGACAGUCCCAACUUCCUGUGCUCUGUGCUGCCCACACACUGGAGGUGUAACAAGACUCUGCCCAUCGCUUUCAAGGUGGUUGCCCUGGGCGACAUCCCUGACGGCACCCUGGUGACGGUGAUGGCGGGAAACGAUGAGAACUACUCAGCUGAGCUUCGCAACGCCACGGCCGCCAUCAAGAACCAAGUGGCCAGAUUCAAUGACCUGCGCUUUGUUGGCCGCAGUGGAAGAGGGAAGAGUUUCACUCUGACAAUCACAGUGUUCACCAACCCUCCUCAGGUGGCUACGUACCAGAGAGCCAUUAAGAUUACAGUGGACGGUCCCAGAGAGCCACGGCGCCAUCGGCAGAAGAUGGACGAGGUCAAACCCGGCUCUCUGGCUUUCUCUGAGAGGCUAACGGAGCUGGAGCAUCUGAGACGGAGCUCGAUGAGGGUGACGCCUCCUCACCACCAUCACCAUCAAGCCUCCGCCAACACCCGCCAGUCUGCAGCGCUCAACUCUGCCUCCUUCUCCAGCCCCACGCACACUCAGAUAACCACUGAUUCCAGGCAGAUGCAGUCAUCUCCAUCUUGGUCCUACGAUCAGUCAUAUCCCUACCUUGGCCAGAUAACAACACCCACAGUCCACACAGCCAACCCCCUUUCACCUGGUCGAUCUUCGCUCAGUGACCUGUCCUCACGACUCACAGGUCCUGACCUCACAGCCUUCGGCGACCCCAGGAUGACCUUAGAACGACCUUUCACCUCCCUACCCUCCUUGCCUGACUCCCGCUUCUCUGACCCCCGGGUCCACUACCCUCCCACAGCGGCCGCCUUCACCUACACCCCCUCUCACAACCCCGUCUCCAAUGGCGCCCUAGGCAUCACCAUGGCAACGGCCAUGGCAACCACUCCAGCAGGGAGGUACCACACCUACCUGCCUCCUCCCUAUACAGCAAACACCCCCCACCAGGCUCAAAACGGGCCAUUCCAGUCCACCUCCUCGCCAUAUCACCUGUACUACUCUACCGCCGCCGGGUCAUACCAGUUCUCCAUGAUGGCUGGGGGAGGAGGCAGCAGUGACUCGCGUUCCCCGCCGAGAAUCCUGCCACCGUGCACCAAUGCCUCCACGGGCUCCUCCCUGCUGCACCCCUCUUUGCCCAGUCAGAAUGACGGAGUGGGUGUGGAGGUGGAGUCCAGCCACAGCAGCUCUCCGACAAACAUGGCAGCUGCUGAAGCUGUCUGGAGACCUUACUGAACCAGCUGAGGUGGCGGAGGAUACUACGCAGUGGGCGCACUCAUGUAAGGUGGUCACGAGAUGGCGGACACCCGACACCACUGAACACAUAAAUGCACACCAAAUAGGCAAAGCAGGGCUGAGUAGAGCUGAGUGAAACAGCUUCUGUUUCAUGGAAAAACUAAAACCAACGAUUCGUCCAUCUCCCAUGACUUUCUGACUUCCGGACUCCGUGUCUCUCAGCUCCAAGUUCCUACUGAGGACGUAAAUCUACAAAAACACCUCACAAGUAUCAGUUUCAUUUUUGAAAGGUCAGAUCAUUUCUCACAGAGAAAGGAGAAAAUGUUGGGAUGUGGGUUAGUCUCACUCUCAGGAGAACUUCUAUUAAAUGAAGGACAAGCGGAGAGAAAGCAGGGCAAUAUUUUGGUUUUACACUGACAAAGUGCAUGCAGCAGCACUGAACUGAUCUCAAUUCAGCUUCCUUUGUAAAAUAACAAGACCUCUUCUUUGUAAAUGUUGUUGGUGUUGUGAAAAGAUCAUUUGCUCAUGCCAAAUAUUGUGAAUGACCUGUUUGUGUUUACCUUCAGUGCAUUUAUCGUAGUUUCACUCACCCAUGAUUCAUGCUCGUUCUUGGUUGACAUUUUUAGAAAAACUGAGCCCAUCUUCUCUUGAAGAAGAUAAAGAAACAUGACCACCUCACUCACUGAAGUGGUUUUUAUGACCCCUGGGGCAAAUCUGAACAAAACCUGAAUAUGACCUCCAACCUUGACUUCACUGCAAACUGAAUCCUCACCCAUCGAAAUAAUUAAAAAUACUUAAUUUUACACUGGUUAAGUGAGUCGAUUAAAUACUAACAGUACUGGAUUCCAAUAAGAAAUUUCAACCAGAUUUCAGCAUUAACAGAACAAAAUGUCGAUGUUUGGGACUAAAUUAUAUCCUAGAUGUUUUUCACACGGGAUAUUGUUUUUUUUUAAAUUGAAAGAUUGUCUUAAGUCAGCAGCUUCCAAGCCUCCUCUCUGUUGAACUUUCUCACCACACUGAGAAACAUUACAGCAUGAAGUUUUGUUAAAUAUUUUAAUUUAUUUCUACAACACCAUUUUUGGUAGCAUUUUGAGUUUGUGUGCGUGUGUGUGUCCACAUAAGUCACACUGACCUAUGAUUCACUGUCGAUUUGUGCUGCAUAUAACCACAGCUGUAAAUGACACCCACAUUUGAUCAUGUUUUCAUCACCCUUCUCUCUCUCUCUCUCUCUCUUACACACACACACACACACACACACACACACACAUGCAAAGGUUUGUUUUGACAGUGUUGACUGUGCACAUUUGAUUUCGAUUUGUAUAAAUAUUCUUGUGAAGAAAAUA